GCUUACGGGCUUUAAUUAAAUCUGCAUCUUACUUUCAAUAUGGCGGCUCCCAUAUUGAAGUGGAAACGGGUUACUAAUACUUCUGGACCGGCCCCAAGACCACGACAUGGACACCGAGCAGUUGCGAUUAAAGAUCUAAUGAUUGUAUUUGGAGGUGGCAAUGAAGGAAUUGUUGACGAACUACAUGUUUAUAACACUUCUACCAAUCAGUGGUUUGUUCCAGCAGUUCGUGGCGAUAUACCUCCAGGGUGCGCUGCCUAUGGCUUUAUUUGUGAUGGCACCAGAAUCCUUGUUUUUGGUGGUAUGGUGGAAUAUGGCAAAUAUUCUAAUGAACUUUAUGAACUCCAAGCUUCCAGAUGGGAAUGGAAAAGGCUGAAGCCCCGUGCACCAAAGUCUGGCCAGCCCCCUUGCCCUAGGCUAGGCCAUAGUUUUACUUUGCUGGGAAACAAAGGAUACCUCUUUGGUGGAUUAGCUAAUGACAGUGAAGAUCCAAAAAAUAAUAUCCCAAGGUACCUAAAUGAUUUGUACACACUGGAACUUCGACCUUUGGCUAAUCACAACCUCUCCUGGGAUUUGCCAAAUAUUGUUGGUGUUCCCCCACCACCACGUGAAUCUCAUUCUGCUGCUCCUUACACUGACAAAGAUGGUCGCAAGCCAAGAUUGUUUAUUUAUGGCGGCAUGAGUGGAUGCAGACUUGGAGAUUUGUGGAUGCUAGACGUUGAUUCGGUGUCAUGGGUGCAACCAACGGUGUCUGGCAUGCCACCUCUUCCUCGCAGUCUUCAUUCUGCUACUGUCAUUGGAUCCAGAAUGUUUAUAUUUGGUGGCUGGGUUCCACUUGUCAUGGAGGAUGUUAAAGUAGCCACCCAUGAAAAGGAGUGGAAAUGUACCAACACUUUGGCCUCAUUGAACCUAGAGUCUAUGACAUGGGAACCUUUGGCCAUGGAAGUUUUUGAAGAUGCUUUACCUAGAGCUAGAGCAGGACAUUGUGCUGUUGCUAUCAAUACAAGGUUGUAUAUAUGGAGUGGUCGUGAUGGUUACAGGAAAGCUUGGAACAAUCAGGUUUGUUUUAAAGACUUGUGGUUUUUGGAAACAGAAAAGCCUCCAGCACCCACAAGGGUUCAGCUGGUUAGAGCCAGCACUAACACGCUGGAAGUCUCGUGGGGUGCAGUGCCUACAGCAGAUGCCUACUUGCUCCAGCUACAGAAAUAUGACUUGCCCCCAUCCACCACCACUGCAGCCACCACUGCUGCUUGCAAUCCUACUGUUGCUACAACAGCUACACCAACUAUUCCCACUCCUGCUACAGCAGUGGCUACUGCUGCUUCUAUCACACCUACACCAGCAAUGACUCAGACCAGACCUCAAUUCCAGAUUACUGGACAGGGAGGUGCAAUUAUUCGUACCCCAACAACUGGAUUACCCCUACGCACAGUAACUAGUGUGGUGUCACCUUUGACCCCUGGUCACACAACACAAACCAUCAGAGUCACAGCUGCUCCUCGUAUUAGAGCACCGGUAACUAUUACACCUGUUGCUAACACAAUAAGACUUGGGACUCCGCAAAUGGCGCAGGCACUUCAGCGUGUUGUCACACCCACUACCACUGGCACAAUGUCCGGCAUAGCUGCCCUAGCUGCAGCUGCUGCUGCUACUCAGAAAAUUGCUGGCACCAUGGCAAGUGCUACCACAACACCUGCUUCAGGAAUCAAAGUUGUCACCCCAACUAUAGUUACACCUGGCGGCGUUAAAGUCACACCUGUCACUGGAAAGCUUCCAACCAACACAAUUGCUCCUGGCACGCAGACUGUACGUGUUGCCCCCACAGGAGCCACUAUUUUAAAGGCAUCUGGAUCAGGGACCAACCUAGCUGGAAAGCAAAUUAUUACAGUUCACAAACAAGGCAGCACAGGGACCAGCCAGUCUCAGAUUGUAACUUUGGUGAAGACAACCCAGGGCAUGGCUAUGGCCACACCUAAGAAUCCUUUACCCCAGGGGGCCACCAUUGUGAAGCUAGUAACUACCCAAGCUGGAGGCAUCAAUAAACCAACCACAGUGUUAUCAACGCAGAGUGGUGGUCAAACACCUACUAUACUUGGAAUUAGUAGUGUGCAGCCAACUCAGCCUAGCACGCCAGGCCAGAAGACUCUAACAACCAUGAUUAGGACAAUACCUACAUCUAUGCUAUCAAUGGCCAAAACUGGACAGGGGGCUACACAGGGUGGUACUACCACACCAGUGGGAACUAAAACCAUUGUCAUAGCAGCCCCUAAAGGAACAGCUGGCAGCCUCAACCAGCCUACUAAAAUUAUCACUAGUGUCCCUAAGUUAGCUGGCCAGACAGGCAACACCCAAUUUAUUGUAGUUAGCCCACAAAGCAUGGCUGGAGCUGUGGCUGCAGGCAACAAGCCAGCAACUGCAAUAACUUCAUUCACAUCUGGUGGUAAUAUUAUAACCCAAUCUGGAAAACCAGUUAUAACAGUUCUUUCUGGAGGUUCAACAACUGGAACACAUUCUGUGACACCAGCAGGUGGUCACACUGUUGUCUCAUCACCUACAAUGCGAGUGGUCAGUAGCAAUGCAUCAACCAUUUCCCUUAUCACACAGGCAGCCAAUGAGGCUUCAGCUAGUGGUGGCAGACAGAUUGUUACGGUGCCUGCAGGGCAUGCAGGUUUGGCAGGAUCAAAGGGUCCAGUUCAGAUAACCAUCACCCCAGCUAACCGAGGUGGUAUCAACACCAUCACCUUGCCUACCAACCUGAGGCAGAUGGCCAAACCAGUUGUAGUGAGCGCACCAGCAGCUAAUGGCACACAGGUUGUCAGCUUGGGUGGCGCAGGUAAUGCCCAGGUGUUGACAGUUACUCCCACUCCUUCAGCUUCAGGGGCUGCAGACCAGGUCGCCACACUUGUUAGUACAGAAGCAGCACCUGCUGAUUCUGUUGGUGAUGCAGGGCAGGCUGCAGAAGGUGAAGGUGCCAUCCAACAGUUUGAUGGCACCAGUGAUGACAUUAUUGAAGAUGGGGAAGUGUGCCAUUUCGAAUCCACUCUGAUGCUCUACAGCUCAUCUCUCACUGAUGCCAUGGAGGAGGAUGUGGAGUACUUUGAAGAAAGUUAUUGCAAACCUGACCAUGAUCAUCUUUACUCUUUACCCAACUAUUGUGAGGAUGAGGAAUACACAAUUCCUCAAUUUGAUGGGGCUGGAGAUGGUGGUAGUGAUGAUGAAGGUGGCCAAGAGGAAGCUCCAGACAAAGAGAUGCCUGUUGAAGAUCAUGAUACACCAAUGGAAACUGCUGAACAAGAGGAAGGUCAAGAAAGCUCUGAACUUGAAGGUACUGAAUCUGAGGGUGUGACAAAUCAACAAGCUAUGGAGGAAGGAUUGCAUGCUGAUAUGGGUCAUAUAGAACCAUCACUUUUGGCUCAGGAUGAGGGAAGUAAUAAUCAUAUGACAGAUGCAGAGCUUCAACAACAAGCUGAGAGUGCUCUAGAAGCACUAGCUGAAGCUGGAGGUGUAUUGUCUGCUCAUGGUAUGCUUGAGGAUCAUGGCCUGAUGGACAGUGUUGGUUUGGAUGGGAUGCUAGCCCAGCCCACUUCAGCACUAGACACAUCUCAGAAUUCUGUAGAGCAUGAGGACUCUGCUGGAGAGCUAACACAGCCUGAAGAUGAAAAUGAAACUAAGCCAGACAUUGAUCUUAACCAUGCAGAAACAGCUAACUCAAGUGAUGCAAUGGAUGUAGCAGAAAAUGGAAACUUGGUGCCAAAAGAGGAACCAUCUGAUGAGACCAUUGCCCAGUUAGCGCAGACUUUAGCUGGUGCUUCAAACAAUGCUGGUGAUGCCUCAGAUCCUCUUGCAACUCUGGCAUCUGCUGCCAUCUCAUCUGCCCCAGUAGCUACACCCAAGAUGUCAGAUGCCAGUGUUGGCAGCAUAGACUCCAAAAUAGAUGACAUGAAGCCUGAAAUGAAGCAGGAGAGAAUCCUUGUCAAGAAAGAUCAACAGCAGUGGUUUGAUGUGGGCUUCAUCAAGACAACAUCCUGCACAGUAUCACAUUAUCACUUGCCCUCGGAGAAUGCACAGGGCAACGCAGAUGAUAUUGAUGUAGUCAAUGUUCCAGACCACAGUGUGUUGAAGAGACAAGAGUUACAACCUGGUACAGCCUACAAGUUCAGAGUAGCAGGCAUCAAUGCCUGUGGUCGUGGGCCUUUCAGUGAGGUGUCAGCUUUCAAGACUUGUCUCCCUGGCUUCCCUGGUGCACCUUCUGCUAUUAAAAUUAGCAAAAGUGGUGAUGGAGCCCAUCUUUCCUGGGAACCACCCCAGAACACUGCUGGUAAAAUUAUUGAAUACUCUGUCUACCUGGCUGUGCGGAACCAGAGUCAGGACACGAAGCCUGGGGCCCCAGCUCAACUUGCCUUUGUGCGAGUGUUUUGUGGACCUCUGCCCUCUUGUGUAGUGACCAACUCUUCCUUGACCUCUGCACAUAUUGACUACACUACCAAGCCUGCAAUCAUCUUCCGUAUUGCAGCUCGUAAUGAGAAAGGUUAUGGGCCUGCAACACAAGUCAGGUGGCUUCAAGAUGCUUCCCAAAGUCCUGCAGCUGGUCGAGGAGCCAAGCGACAAGGAACUGAAAAUGUCAAACCUGGAUCAGUUGUGAAGAAGCUGAAAGUAGAAGAUGGUGGAGAGGGUUAGUUCAGUCAUAGAUUGUAGACCACACACCUCAAUCUCAUAGCUGGACCAGCUACUAUCUUCUGCGUACUGUUGAUAUCCAUACACAUUUUUGGACUAUGUACAGUUGAAUUAUUUCAUUUUUAAGCCACUGGCUAAGCUCUACAUCAUUAAGUGACCUUCAUUCAAUAUUUGUGCACUCACAAACCAGAGUGCAUUGCACAUGUUUAUGUAUAUAAUCAUCCAUGUACAUUUUUGUUUCAUCAUUGUACAUUUUUGUUUGGUUUUCAUCAUUUGUUUCAUCAGUUCUGUUGUAGUCCUAAGUUCGUGUACUGGGUGAAACAUUUAAGUCUAAUAGUUCUCAUGUUUUCUUGAAGCAGAAUGUCUUGUUUUAUCUUACUAAUACAAAUUGUUGGGUCAGCCCCACCUCAUUUAUCAGAAUUAUAUUGUUGUCAAACAAACAUUAAUCUCUGGUAUAAUCUGUGAUUUAAACUUUGCAGUAAUGUGGGAUGUAGUUUUCCACUAACAUUUCUAUGAAAACAUUAUCAUUGGCCCUGAGAGAACUUCCAGGGCAAUGCAGAUGCGAGUCAAGUAUCAAGUAUGCGUUUGCUUUGACCAGUGAUAGUCAGAUCUUUUAAGUCUCAUUUUAAACUAUUGUCUGGUGUUUUUACUUUUCACUCCGUCACGUAGGUGUGUCUGUGGAAAACCAAAGAUGACCAAAUCAAAACUUGGCCUGUUUUAGCUGUUUUAUUCUGACAGUUUUAAUUUCAAUGUUUUAUUGUCUGACAGAUCCACCUUGUCUUAGACUUUCUUAGGUUUGUUAAUAUUGGGAUUUUUAAGGAGAUUCAAUAUUUGAUUUUUUUUUUUUUCAUUGUUCAGUACAUAUUUUAACAGUAUACAUAAACAAUUUGUAUUAGUCUACCACUUAUGUUUUAGGUGUUAAGACUUCAUAUAUUGAAUUGAUGUCAUUUUCUGCCAUACAAAUUUAAAAUGCCAUAUUUUUAAAACUAAGUAAGCCCCAGAGUUUUGUAAGUCAGUGUUUCAUUAUUUUGUUCCUAAUACUCAUGUUUAACUUCAUAAUGAUUAUUGAAUAAUUGUUUUAACUGGUGAACUUUUUUUUUUACUUAAUUAUUGUAAAUAUAUAAAAAAAAUAUAUAUAUAUCUAUUUGUCAACUGUAUAUUGUUAUUGAAGGUCUGCAUAUUGUUUCAUACCUGGAGUUUGUUAGAAUAUAGCUAAAAUAAUAGUUCUAGGCCAAGACCAGUAUGUUCUGAUGGUGAAACCUGGAUCUCAACUAUCUUGAGAGAUCAUAUUAUUGUUGGUUUCUUAUUUCUUGUCUCAUUGUCUCUGGCAUCUUCAAAUUAUGUUAAAGCUGUCUUGUUGUUCUUAGCUAGUCAUUAUUUACUUCUUUUUCUUGAUCAAGCAAUCUUUAGUUGCAGUUCAAUUUGAAUUCUUGUAGUGUUCUUUCAUCUGAUCUGGAUGAAGUAUUUUCAGACUCUUUUUGCACUGACCAUCAUCCAUUAUACUUGUACUGUUCACCUCUUUGUUGAAGCCUUUUGUAAUGUUUUGAUUGGAUGUCAUCUCUCAUGUGACAUGACAUCACUGCCUCACUUUGAAUAGCCAGCCUUGACUUUGUGACAGUGGUGCAUCUCUUCAACCACCCCACUUACGUUAUGGAUGUGUUAAAGUGAUGGUGCUUUGAGAUAGACAUUUUAUCAUUGCUAUGUUCCCUUAGCCAAUUCUAGUUCAGUGGUAUUUGACCUAUCAACAUUGGAAAAUUAUACACCUACAAAUUGUCCCUUACUGUCUGUGUUUUUUUACUUCAUUUUCUGGUAUCAUAAUUUAACAAACUUACAAAGGCCAGCUAGAUGUAAAUACUGUACAGUUACUAUGAUUGGAUUGGUGACAUUCAGUCGACAGAAAUUGCAAUAUAUUAACAUGAAGAAAAAAAACAUUUAUCAUACACAAAAUGUAACAUUGAGUUAUCAAAUGUCUCUCUAAUGUAAAUUCAUCUAGUUAUGGAUUUCUAAUGUAUGUACACACAGCAGAAGCUCAAAAAAAAAAUAUAUAUAUUCUAACAUUCUUCAGUUCAGUCAUUAAUUCCUACUAUGGAUUAGUCAGGGAUAAAUUUAAACUUAACUCUCAAUGAUGCAAGUUUAUUUUAUAUUGCUUCUACGCUAAUCAAGAUAAGGGCUCAAAACCAGAUUAUAUGUAACAUCAUGGUGCUUGACUGAGCAGCUUGUUAGUAUGUAUAAAACCCCAAAUAUACAAAAUAUUGCGUAGGUUUCUUGCUUGUUGAAAAGUUUCUUAAGGUAUAAAAUUCCGGUGAUCAGUUUUUGUAAUCCUAGCAAACAAACAACUCGAGCUGCGGUUCCAUAACUUCGACAAUUCAGUUUUUGGUUACUACAACUGUUUUCUUCAGUGUUUCCACAUUGUAUUUCUGUUUUGGUUCUACGCUUUCAGCUCUCAUUAAUAAAACAUAUUUAUGGUGUGUUGCAGAGAUCUACAGUUGUAACAAAUUUAAGCUGAAUCAAAACAACUUACAACUAAAAGCAAUAUUUUGACUUGAAAUAUCUGUUUUUCCUAUUUUUAAUUCAAAUGAAUUAUUUACUGUGAAUUUAUUUUAAUGUCUGAUGGAUUUUCAAAAAAGUAUAUUUUUGAGUGGUGGACUUUGUAUUGUUAAGAUUUCACAAACUUCUUCUGGUCUCACUUUGUUUUGGUUUCUUUGCUUCUACCAACUAGAAAUAGCUAAUUGUACAAUGAGGGUGACACUCCAUGUGUUGUAUGUUAUUUUAAAAUCUUGUUGCUAUGUAUCAUAUGUUACAUUUUUUUUUUUGGCUGGAUGUAGGAAAGUGAUCACCAGAUGGUGAACUUUGCCCUCUCCUUGAUGAUGUUAACAUGACAUAAUUUUGUUUGUAAAUAUUUUUUUUUUGUUUUUCAAUAUUUUGUUUCAUUAUCAAAGUUUGAAUAAAUAUCAUCUUCUUUGA